AUGGAAGAAGCUCUACUCAAAAGGAAGCGCCGCAGCGAAGACUACGGAAAGUCGACCUGCAUCGAGAUCACACUGUUCAAGCCGACGGAAUCCGCCUACCCGCAGGUCAACUUCCAGGAACUUUUGGCGCUUCAGAAGGACGUCGAACGCGCCAGCGAGCUCGACAAGCCAGCCGCCCAGAAAGUCUUCGAAGAGGCCUGUCGGCUAACUCCGUCAUCCCAACUCCUCGACUACGACUACGUUGAAGAUGCCAAGUAUCAAUAUGAAGAUGAGGACGGGUUUCUGGACGACGGCGAGAAGCCCGGCUACUGCGUCAAGCCCGGUGUCGACACGGUGCAACGGGGCUUUUUCAUUGCUAAUUAUGGCGAAGUCCUGCAGCUGACCACGCUCCCUGGACACGAGGAAGAAGCUGAGGAACCCGAGAAGCCCGAGAAACCCGAAAAGCGUCCAUCCGCCUUGCGCAAGCCCGCUGUUGAGCAUGCUGCGACGGUGCCGACCUUGCGUCGUCGUCUUUCUGACGGCUUUGGACCGUUGCAGAAACGCGCCCCUGCAAAAGAUGUGUGCAUGCCGACGAGUUGGCCCGUGGUCGAGAACGAAUUCGACUUCAAGACACCGCCCAGUACUGAGUUCAAGGAGUUGAUCUGCCAGUAUUUGGAGACCUUUGCCGACCGCCCACGCGCCAAGCUGACCGCCGGCGAAUUUGAACUGGUUCUGAAGGUCGACAACAUGAUGCGGGCCGAACUCUCGCCGAAAAUUCGAAAGGAAGUGAAGAGGUUGCUGGUAGGCCACAUCGGCUAUGGGCCAUGCUGGUGGGAUUCGCACUGUCGACGUACGAGGAAUGAAUCGGGACAGGUUGCCGCUGCUUCCCGCGAGGGCACCCCGAGCAACGAGGAAGACCGAGCUGUGUCACCGGCAACCGUUCCAUGCUUGACGAAAACUGUGGCCGUAGACGACUCCUUUUUCCCGACGGCUAUUGAAGACAUUCCUCUUCCUCCGAAUCCCCCCAAAGACGUGGCCAAGCAGCCGGAACGAGAGCACCGCGUCACCAAGAGCGGCGGUUUGAAGAGGGCAUCGUCGGUCAAACAAGAGGUUGUGUCGGAUGGUGAAGAAGACAGCCCGCCGCGCCAAAUUCGAAUGGUCGACGUGAAGAUGGAGUACGACAAUGGCCUU